UUUGUGUGUUUAUUUUUGGCAAUUUAUUUCAGCUGGUUCAAGAAGCGAAAGCAACAAUGGUAAUGGAAGUCCUGUGAAAUAUCCUGUAAUGGUGUUUGUUCAUGGCGAGUCUUAUGAGUGGAACAGUGGAAAUCCUUACGAUGGCUCCAUAUUAGCUAGCUAUGGACAAGUUCUUGUCGUUACAAUUAAUUAUCGAUUAGGAAUUCUUGGUUUUCUCAAUGCGAAUGUCGAUCGAUUUUCGAAAUCACCCGCAAAUUAUGGACUAAUGGAUGUUCUCGCUGCCCUUCAUUGGAUACAAGAGAAUAUUGAAGCUUUUGGUGGUGAUAGCAGAAGCGUCACACUUGCUGGUCAUAGCACUGGUGCUGCAUGUGUUCAUUUUCUUAUCGCAUCGCAGGCUGUCCCCGAUGGACUUCUCUUUCAUCGCGCAAUUCUAAUGUCUGGCUCAGGACUCGCACCAUGGUCACUUGUUGGUGAUCCCGCACAUUAUGCAGCUAUUGUCGCUCAUCAUGUUAAUUGUUCAGUCGACUUACCUCAUCAAGCUUUAAUGAAAUGUUUACGAGAAGUUCCAAUAAAGACGCUUCUCUCGACGCCCAUACGACCAUCUGAAUUCGGCAAUACGUUCGGACCAAGUGUUGAUGGGGUUGUUAUAGAUACAGGUGAUUACAGUAAUCAACAAGAUCAAUAUGAUUUUGGUACGCUAAGUGGCAGUGAUACGAAACGACAAAUGCACUAUCAAAAUAAUCUUAAUGUCAUAAAUUCAGUAUUGUUAAGAAAGUUAGCUAUAAACAAAUUAUCACGAUACGAUUUAUUGGUGGGUGUAACGAGAGCCGAGUCCUAUUUUGUAUUCAAUUCGGGUGAUGUACAGUAUGGUAUCGAGGGAGAUCGAAGGUCGAAGAUACUUAGGACUUACGUGAGAAGUACAUACAGCUAUCAUCUUAAUGAGAUUCUAGCCACGGUAGUGAAUGAAUAUACAGAUUGGGAGCGUCCCGUUCAACAUCCAAUUAAUAUUCGUGAUGAAACGUUGGAAGCUCUUAGUGAUGCACAAGUUGUGGCACCCGCAGCGCUUACAGUAGAUUUACAUUCUGCUGAUCAUCGAAAUUCAUUCCUUUAUGUGUUUGAUUAUCAAACAAAGUUCGGAGAUUACCCUCAGCGUCAGGGCUGCAUUCACGGUGAAGACUUGCCAUAUUUCUUUGGUGCUCCAUUGGUCGGUGGCUUUAAUCAUUUUCCGAAAAAUUACACUAAAGCUGAGAUAUCUCUCUCAGAAGUUGUGAUGCUUUACUGGUCGAAUUUCAUACGAACUGGCAACCCUAACGAACAACAGGACAAUAGGGAUCGAGGCAAAAGUAAAAAUAUUGAGUGGACGCCAUACGAGAGUGUACACAAAAAGUAUCUCAAUUUGGAUCUAAAACCGAAGUUAAAAAAUCACUAUCGUGCCCAUCGCCUUUCUUUUUGGUUGAAUCUCAUUCCGGAUCUUCAUAAACCCGGUAAUGAUGACGUUCCUUUGUCACAUCAUGAAUUAGAGAAUGAUGAUGGUACCCAAGAGAAAUCAACUGUCAAACCUUUGACUCCACAGCGUGAUAAGUUCAAUUUGACUAUCGCAAAUGGCACAAUGUAUUCCACGUCAUUACUUUUUAACUACACAUCAUCGUUGCGAAGUAAUCGAAAUAUUUCAUCCAACACAGCGAGAACCAAAAAUCAAGUUCCUGUACAAUCGAUUGAUCAUGAUUUAUACGAUGAAAAUGCAACAUCAAAUCCACCAUCGGAAGAUGGUUUUGCGGCAUAUUCAACAGCCCUUAGUGUCACUAUUGCCAUUGGAUGCUCACUUUUAAUUUUAAAUGUGUUAAUCUUUGCUGGUGUCUAUUAUCAACGAGAUAAAACGCGUCUGAAUGAACCGAGAACAAUGAAGAAGCGUACUGAGAAUGGACAAAUGCCGAAUAAUAUUUGUGGUGACUUAGAAACUCUUACAAUUCAUGCCAAGAGUGAUCCAACUACAAUUCUUGGUCAUCAUCACUCGAUGCAUCAACUUCCACCACCCGAAUUUGCUGAUCUACCACAACGCAUUCCACCAGCUCCAAAACAUUUAAAAUCU